UGACCGGUCCACAAACAGUCGUUUUGUAUUUACACCUGUCGUUAAGCCCCGCCCUUGCCUAACAACGGGACAAGCUGAGCAGCUAAGGUGUCACCCAGGUAGAUCAGGCUUCCAACAUGGCGGACGAGGACAGAGGGGACGACCGGGACUCGGACGGGCAGGGAUCCGACGAUGACUUCGCCGACUACGACCUGGACCGGAUCCGUGCCGAGAUCCAGCAGGAAAAACAAAUGAAGGAAAUGUUGGACCAGUCCACCACAGAGCUGAAACUGACAGUGUCUGAACUGGAGAAGAGAUUUGAUGGGGUUGAGGAUGAAGGUAACGAGUGGAAGACGCGAUAUGAGACCCAGGAGGAGAUGAACGGCCAGCUGGACAGACAGAUCGUCCUGCUCAGACAGAAACUGGAGGAGUCCAAACAGAACAGUAAGGAUGGGAAAAACGCCGCCAGCGUUCGCACCUUUGACGAGCUGUCUGAUGCCAGUCUUAAGAAGCUGAUGAAACAGAUGGAGAAGGAGAAACAGAGUCUUGAGGGACAACUCAGGGACUAUGAGUGGAGACUAGACCAGGAGUCCAAGGCCUUUCACAAGGCAAAUGAUGAGAGGAAACAGUAUCUGACAGAGAUCCACCAGGCUCGCCUGGCGAUUGAAGACAAGAAGCGACAGGCACGGGUGUCGCUCGACGCUGACGUGGUCGCCGUCACGGGGAAGAUGGGCCUGUCUCCUCGAGACGUCCCCAACAACCAGAGAAUCCUGGACCCCAAGAAGGGCCCCAUCAAGAAGACUGCUGCGGUCAAGAAGCUUCCCAAGUUAAAGAAGUCUCCCUCUCCGCGGAAAAGCCCCAGUCCGGAACGGAGCUCACGGAGCGACCAGUCCAAAUCACCGGGGUCCAACAGUGGCGUCGGCCCAGUCACACGGGAGCCAAGGUUGCCAGGGCGGCGGCAGAGCCACACCGAGCUGGGAAGGAUGAAACGUCGCGCAGAGAGCCGCCAUGCAAGAGGCGACAAAGAGGAGGAUACGAGUUACGGCGAUGGACCUGUUCUAAAAUCGAGAAAAGGUGUCACGAGUACUACUAGCACUGACUACCCUGACAUCGCCAGCCAAGCUUCUCCCAACUCAAGCAGCAGCACUACCUCAAAAAGAAAGAUCCGUAGUCUGGCAGAGAAGCACCGGAGAGACAAACUGACCAGUUACAUCUCCCAGCUGUCCACACUUCUCCCUCUUGCCAACACUCCGGACAAGAAGCUGGACAAAUGUGACAUACUGCGCCUGGCAGUCAACUAUCUUAAAGUGCAAAAAUACUUGACCAACUCAGAUGAGAAGCUCCAAGCUCAGUGGCCAUCAUGGAUGACCGAGGAACAACUACAGAAGCUUCUGCUGGAGAGCAAUGAUGGCUUCCUACUGGUGGUGGACAAGCGAGGAACCAUCCUCCACGUGCACGAAUCAGUCAGUCAUUAUCUCGGUAUUCCCCGGAAUCAAAUCACCGGACACACCAUUCAGACCCUGGUACACCCGGAUGACCUCCAUAUCCUGUAUGAGCAUGUCCCACUGCUGCUGCCAUUUCAGGACAGUGGGAAAGUAUCCUCCAGUACAUCAGAUGGCCACCUGUCGUUCUGUGUGCGAGUGGUGUGCCGUAACACCACCAACAAGGCAGGCUUCUUCAGCUACAAGUUUGCUCACUUCAACGGGCACACCCAGCCACUGGUGGAAGACAAUGUUGGAGAAGGAAACCUCCUGCCCCCUCUGGUGUUGGUAGCAGUGGUACGACCCUACAUGGAGUCUGUGUUUAAGGAGAUGUCCUCCUUCUUCUCCAGGGAGAAUGAAGUCGUCAUCUUACACAACUUACAGGGAGUCUGCGAGUUUGCUGACCAGAGGAUGUUUAAGUUUGGAACCCUGGCUACAGAAAUACAGUCAGGCUCAGUCUACGAUCAAGUUGAGAAAGCAGAUCUCAAGUAUGUCUCCCAUGCACACAAUGUCAUCUACGAGACGUCUCAGACAAGCACCGUCUUCAGAAUUCGCCGGAACGUUAAUCUGGGUUACUGCCACAGCAUGACGUAUGUCAUCAAGGACAGGUGGACCAGUCGUCCUAAGGCUUUCCUCAGCUUCUUCAGCGUGCUCAGUGAAAAGGAAGGCAGGCAGCGCUGGAAGAGACAGGACAAGGAGUACCGAGGGAUGAUGGCAGCAAAACAAACCCUGUCUCUCCCAGGAAGAAACACCAACCUGAAGGACGAGUCUCUGUCCCCGAUGUCUUCAAGCUGCUCCUCCAGCAGUGGUUCUGUUGACUUGGCUGCUGUCUUGGGUCACAAGAUGACAAGUCCGGCAGGAAGCAGUACAGAUAAGGAAGUGUCUGAUCCUGAUGGGACCACCUUUGGGCUCCAAACUCUCGGGAAUCUCACUCUGUCAUCAGAUGUACACGUGGGCGACAAAUCCCACUUCGGGGACAAGACUGGGCACGGUGAAACGGCAACAUGGUCCAUUAGUUGUCCGUCGGACACACCUUCUUCACAGCAAGCACAGUUUGACAAUCUUCAGGACAUUUCCAGCAGUGGGUCCCCACUCAGCUUUGCCAAAACGGUCUCCAGCGGGGAAAACAGUCCUCAAACGUGGUCCAGUCCGAUGGAUAUGUGCCUGACGCCCAGCGACACACUCCAGCUCAGUCCCACCUACACCAGCCCUGACGUACAGACCCAGAACGCAACAUCGCAGGCUUCAGAUUUGCUGAGAGAGUUGAUGGCCACUCAGACGCCCGUGUCCCCUGUCACUCCUACAGUGGCAACAGAUUCAACCUGCAUGCACCAGAAUGGUCACAAUGGCAGUGCCUUCAUCAGUGGUACACCAGAGAUAUCUGCUGCAGUUGAUUCUGGUGAAAUGUCGGGAAGUCUUACUACAGGAGACCAGGAAGGAAAAGUAAGAUCUCAACAUCCCUCUGUAGCAGUGGUUCACCCCACUCAGGCAAGGGCUAUGGUAUCGUCCAAUGGACAAGCUGACCUACAGCCCCUCACUGAUCCUCUGGGGGUCUUCACCAGUCCCUCGGAGAAUACCCAACCGGUACUGGAAGCCAGCCUGACGUUCCUGACUCCCCCCUCCCACUCCCUGGUGACAGAAGAGUACCGGUUCAACCGCCGACUGGCCAAGCAGCAGAGACAGCUGUCCCAGCAGAUCCAGCAGUACAAGCGGGAGAUGCAGCUGGUUCAGAACCAGAUAGACUUGAACCAGUGUAUUAUGAAGCUGCAGAAACUGAAGGGAAAGGAACAGGACAUGGCUCUUCUGACAGACUUGGACAGAAGCCCGCAGGUGGACGACAUGUACUGUUCACACGGCCUGACUGACCAGAUGGACACCACAGAAGCCUCACUGGACCUCCCUUCUACUUCAACAACAACAACCACCCAACUACCUGCCUUACAGGAGGUCACAAACAAAAACAACGACAUUUGGUACAAACAGGGCAUAAGUAACAGUGAUUCAAUGUAACGUAUCCAGUCACCACCAAGUGCCUGCGAAGCUGGCAUGUUUUGCCGAAAAUAUAUAUGAUUAUAUAAAAGAUAUAUAUAUGAUUAUAUAAUACAGGUUAAAUGAUCUGACAAAGAUCCAUGUGCACUUGCAGAUACACGUACACAUAAUGGCUUGGUGGACACAAAUCACUGGAUAAUAAUAGAAACCAUGGUUGUGAGAUGACUACAAUACAUAUCAUUCGGGAAGCUUAAAACACAAAUAUUGCAAAUGGUAUUAAACACUAUUAUAAAGUGUUAUGUAUUAUAACAAAAUGAACCUAGUAUAUAUUUAAUGAAUGAAUGUAGUCCUUCAGCUACUCUUUGGAUUUGUACAACAAAAUGCAAUGGCAGAGUGUAUUUGAUACAUAUCAUUCGAUAAAAUAUAAUCUUUUACUGUAUACAUGUAUAGUAUUAUAUUCUAGUAUUGUGCUUUCACUGUCAUCAUUUGUAUUGUUAUAAUGUGGCCUAGUUACAUAUACACAUUGUGGUAUCUUUUACAAAAAUGCACCUAUAUAUUUAAUGAAUACAAGCACUCAGCUGGUCUGUGGAUUUGUACAAAAAGAUAAAAUGAUAAAGAAGGUAUUCUUAGAAAUGAAGAGUAAUUGGUUAUUGUUGAAAUGUCCUAAACACAUUUUAUAAGGUGUGGUGUGUCUACCUCAAAAUGUGACUUAUCUGAUGGUCCAGAUCUAGUUCAAGUAAAUUCAUGAAUUGUUGAAAAUGAAAUGGGUGUAACAGAAGAAACAGGCAUCCUGUGCUAGACUCAAAUGCUGCUACAGGAGCCAAAAACUAGUCUGGUUAACUUCUAGCUCUUAAUCAAUUGAUUAAGGUACAUACUGUAACAAAAUAACAUAAGUGGAAAAUCUGAGAAGUCAAACCAGAGUGGCCUUACAAUAACUAAGAUCUGGCUGUAUCAAAAUCUGAUGUGGAAAAAACAUUUGACAUGCGGGUAGCAGUGAGAGUGUUGAUUCGGGUUAGAGUGUUGAUUCGGAUGGACUGGGCUCACCUGAAAGAUUACAUACUUGUAAACUUUGAUUACUGGUAGCAAACAUUUAUUAUGUUCUUUUAUUUGCAUUAUUAGCUCACCAGGAACAUAUCUUGCUCAACUAGUCUACAGGCCCAAAGUCAGAGGACCUUUUUGUCAGCAAUAUGGCUUGUGUUCUCUCGAUCACUGCACAAUUUUUAGAGAUUGGCAGAUGACUUUUUUGUAUCAAAAAGUGUGUUGAUAGUGUUGCUUUAUGCCCCAUCUAGCACCGAGCCAUAUCUUAGUCACAUUAUUGAUCAUUAUUAACAUGGAAUACUAGAAACCAUAGGUUUUCUAUUAUAUUAAAAGAAUUGAUGUUUUGACGGGUAUUUAUGAUGAAAAAGCUUAUAGGGUCCAUUCCAAGUCACUGCUAGGGUUUAUUUGUAAUGAUUUUCAAUUCAAAUGUAACAGUUUUGGAUCAUUUGAAAUGAUAUUUAUCUCACAGUAAAUUUCUUAAUGUUUGUAACUUAUGUAAAAUGUGUUUGUGCACAUAUUCUUCGAAUCGCUAGCAAUGCAAAGUAUUGUUGCUGCUUUCCAGUACAAUUGUACUUUACAAAGCAAAGUAUUACAUGUAUGUGGAAUUUGAUAGGUGUAAUCAGUACUUGAUAGUUCUUUUCCUAUAUUGAACUACAUGCAUUUUAGAUGACAUAAAUGAUAAGUUACAUUCUCAACUAGAUUGUUACUAUUUUGUCCACUUACAAAUGUCAAUAUUUGUACAUAGUUAUGCCUUAGAAUUUGAAAUAAGUUGUAUAUUAUUAAUUGUUGUGUCAAAGGGUAUUGGUAAUUACUAUUACUUGUAUUAGCUAGAUUGGCAUAAUGUUAGUGGGACUGGCUUUUCCAUAUAAUUAUUUCACCAGCAGCUGUGAAGACCCCUUUUCCACUAGACUGUGAUUGCUAAGCUAUCGUUGUGAGACCAAAAUUGGAUUUAUAACUGGAAUAUUAUGCACAAUGUUUUAGUAUGAUUUAAAAGACAAGGAAACUGUGCAAAUAUCUAGAUCUGUUUUUUUAUCUUUGAAAUAUUUGGUUGCUUGUCAGUUUCAGCCUGUGGUGGAAAAGGGGUGUAUGCUGUGUGUUUAGAAGCUACAUGUAUUUCAGACACCUACAUGUACGUUACAUAUCAGAUCUACUUAUAUAAGUAAAUCACAUGUAGGACCAGAUUGUGAAGAGCCGAAAGUUUAAUGUAUGCCCAGGAGGAGUACGAAUAAAGGCUGGUCUAGCUGUCCUAAGAAAUCACAAGACACAAUACAUGUAUCAUUUUUGUCAUAUGAUGUUACUCUCCAAGCAGAGGUUUGGGUUUUGGGGGAAUUUUUAGCUAGCCUGGGUACC